AAGUGGUGGUGGUGGGAAAAUAUAAACAUUUUUAAAGCGCUCCACGCAAAUGUGAAAUUUACGUCAAUCGUCGGCAUACAGAUAUUUUACCGGUGCGAAAAAAAGAGCGUCCACUGCGAAUGCCAAGCCCAAACAACACUAACUGCAACCGACGACGAACGCCGAGUCUUUGGCCUCACCAAGCCAACAGCAGUACGGAUAGUGGCAAAAGCUGCAGCACCAAUACAAACACACAAACUUGACUUACACGCAGCCAGCAGGCGGUAAUAUUACAAACACAGAAUGUAACAGAACCCGAGCGGGAGGCAUAAAGAAUAGAAAAAAGCCGAGCACGUCUUCGGCACUCGGUAAAAUCCUUCGUGUGUAGCAGCAGCACGCGGAAGAACGACACGACGACGGCCGUCUAUGAAAAUUUGCCAACAUCCAGAGGACGCAGUCAGUUAGUCGGUGGUUGGCAAGGUAUCGGUGCUGAUUCAUUGUGUCAUUCGUCAAAAGACUACCGCGCGACGAGCAAGUGUUUUCUCGAAAGCAGUGCUUAGAUGAGAGAGAAUCUGUGUUCCCUGUGUGAAACGAUUUUUUAUAUGAUAAAUGCGGUUUAGAUAGACGAAAUUAGCUAAGAAGAAAAAAAAUCACUCGAGAAAACAGUGCCGUGAGAAAUUUGCAAAGACGCGUGCGAUCAGUUUUUAGUGAAACCGAAGCAGUUGAAUGUUUGUCAUUGGAUACAAGGCGAGCGGUGAAUUCAGUGAAGAAGCACCCCGAAGAGCAGUCAUAUCAUAAAUUAGCUUGUGGAUUUCAGUGUCAAACAAGAGUGCGAUUGAGUGACAAACGAAGCGACAAUGAAACUUCGGUGCCAAUUUCAGUAGCCACACCAUGACUGUCAUGAGGUGUGACAGUUGAAGCGAGGAGAAUAGAGUAGCGAAACUUUCAGUUCAAUAUAAAACUGUACACACAAAAAUGACGAAACUCAACCGGCUGAACAAAAGUGAAACCAGUGUAGCACAAUGUUAGCCGUAGAUUGCCUGGUCGGUGGAUUAUUGCUUUGCUCGAUCGGUGUGAAUAUCCUAGCGUUGGGCGCUUUCUGGGUCACCCCAAGUCUGCGAACAACAGCGAAUCGGUUCGUGAUUAACUUGCUGAUUGUGAACUUGGUAUGUUGUAUAAUUCUGGGCCCAUCGCUGCUGUUGAAUGCAUUUACAUCGAAAUCUGCAUCGACGGCAUCGCCGUCAACGGUGGUGGUACUGGCCGCAAGUACCGUGUCAACCUCGACAAACGCAACGGCGGCAUCGACCUCCGGAAAUGCUGGACUUCCAUACGCGACCAUAGUGAAUGCCACCGCCAGUGACGACAGUACGGCAAAUAGUGUUAAUAAUCAAACCGAUAGGAUAGUUAAAUGCUUGAACGCCACCGCCACCACCAUCGAAUGUGAUACUAUAUUGAUAAGAAGUAAUGUAAAUAUGGAAGAUGUGCUGCACGUGAAAUCCACUCGUGAUGAUGUAAUCGAUAUGAAGCUAACGCUCACCAAGAUAAGAUGCUGGGGGCUCGACUUGGCCGUGGCUCUCGGAGCUCUUUCGGUUCUGCUAGUAGUCGGUGAUACAUGGUGUGCCAUUACCGAUCCCCUGCGGUACCAUUCUAGAAUUUCCGAGCUCAAAGCUUGGGCAUUCAUUGCAACGACCUGGCUGCUGGGGAUAGCCUUCGGAAUUGCUUCCGGUUUUCGAGGCGAUCAGAAAAACAUUACACUGUUUAACAACCGGAUAACAAGCGCCGAAGCAGCGGCAGCACUCGAGUCUAGUCAUUUUAAUAAAAACCUAACGGCCGUCCACUACGAUAAUGGCCUCAUAAAUCAUCUCAACAUUUCGGAGGAUCUGUACAACACCAUUUUCUCCUACACGUAUUUUGUGAUUGUGAUUCUGCUGCCGUUUGCGCUCGUAUGCGGCAUGUAUUGGCGAAUAUUUUCGGAGGCACGGGAGAGCGGCCAGCGGAUGCGGCAAAAUGGAUCUUCCCCGUUGCUGCAGAGUGCACUGAAUCUGGCAGCCGUGUCAGCACAGAAGCAAGCGGAAAAGCAAGCCGAACAUCUGCGCCAGCACACGGACCGUGAUGUCUGCGAUGGGCUGACUAUGAAAAUCGAUAAGCAGAUUCACUAUGAAGAUGAAACCAUUAUUGUAAAUAGUAUUCAACACAGCAGUAGUAUUAAAAACAAGGAUGUCUGCCUGAAGCCUUUGUUGCAGCAGUCACCAACACCCACACACCAAUCCAAGUACCAACCGGAAGAGAAACCGGCAAUAGUACAAAUUGAAAACAAUACCACCGUAGAGCCACAGUCCCCACCAAUCAGCAAACCGAAGCCAUCGAUGAAGCAAGAUAAAAAUCACAACAUUAUGUUGAGCCUCCCCACCGAUGCCUCGGGAAAAAUCCGCCGCAACCACAGUGCCGGGCGGUUGGUCAGUUUCAGCGAACAGGACCAAGAAAUACGUCCCGGCCUACGGCAGGUUCACUCAACUCCGAAUUUCCAGAAACUCGUAUCGCAGGAGUUUGACCAUAUCGGAAACCAUCAUAUUCUGUCCCUGCCGGCUGUACACGUGCCGCCAAAGGCACUCAGCUACAUGACGUCGAUCCGACAUCGACUUUCGAAUGCAUCUUCUUUGUUCAAAUAUCGCGAAGAAUCACGUGCAGCUCGAAUCAGCAUACUGGUGAUAAUAAUGUUUCUCAUAUCGUACCUCCCGUACGGAAUAUUGGUGCUGAUGCAAGGGCAUGUGGAUUUGGUGCUGAUUUCGGACCAAGCCCUGUUGGCCAUCUUCACGGUGAUCAUCGCCAACCUUAGCUCACCCUUCAUCUUUGCCUACCGGAACAAACGGGUGCAGCGCGGUGUCAGGCGACUGCUCGGGAUCGACAAGAAAACCAACGAGCGGCUGCAGAAGCUCACCAACAGCAACACCCACUUCAACAAUAACAACAACUACAAUGCCAACAUUAGCUUUCAUCAGGCUACCACCAACGGAAACGGACCGUCGGACGAAGCUGAAUCGAACGGGCCCUUCGGACUGCACCACAAAUCGCACAAGGUACGCAUCGCCAGCCUGUCACGCAGUAAUAGUUCGUGCAAAUACCUUACCCCGAAUCACGCGGCGGCCGUGGCCGUGGCCAACGGGUUCAUUGUCGAGUUCGAGCGGUAUCCGUCGGACGAACUCAACAGUCUGUGCAUCCAGAAGAAAUCGAUACUGAAACGAGUCUGUGAUAGUUCACGGAAGUGGGGAUGCAACUUUGCCACCAAUUCCUGCACCAGCAACGACGAGCAAACGGAAGUGUAGCUUUAAAAAGGUAUUUUAUUGGGCUAAUGUCUCUUGUGUGGGGUUUAUGAAAAUCAUGUCUCUUAGUUUGUCGGAGGUGGGCAGAAAUUCGAUUGAACUAAUUAGAAGCUAUUUUACCGUUGAUAAUUGAAUCAAAAAGGUAAAGCCGUAGGCUGAUUCACUUUUAACAAAGGCUGAUGCUGGGAUUCUUCUUCGCGAUAAGUUAAUUUUAAAUGAACCUCAGACCCAUUGGGGCGAGAAAGCAGUCACGCUUACCACUACACCACCGGUGCCGGCUCAAUCCCAUCUUAUUUCAAUGCAUUCGCUGCCAAAAUACCAUUUUUUCCU